AUAUGUUUGAGGUCCGGCUGAGGCCGGGUAGUGUCAGCCAGCCUCUCCCCCAGACCGGCACAGCCGCUCCUCAUCAUCCUACCACCAAUAUGUUGUCUUAUAUUGGCAGGAGUGGGCAGCUUGCCCCUACCCUGAAGGGCACGUCCCAGGCAGUGGCUGGAGGACUGAGAAAUAUUAUCCCGGGUGUAGUUGAUGGGCAGCAAGUGGAGGUUGUGGCCAGCCAGCCUCCUGUCCUCACCACCACCACCAUGGCCAAAAUCUGCCCCUCACGGCCUCUCACUGUUAAGUCAGGUGUUGCAGCAAGCUCUCAAAUACGAUAUGCCCAUACGGAUAUCAAAGUACCAGACUUUAGUGCAUAUCGACGUAAUUCUGUUAAGGAUACCCAUGUCAAAGCUGGUGAAUCAGAAACUGCCGGAAAAACUUUCACAUACCUGCUUGCUGGAGGUAAGAAAUUUUGUAUCAUGUCUGCUACCUUAUUACUCUAUGCUAGUAGGAGGAUAAUUAUUAAGUAUAUUUAUUAUCUGCAGAUGCUUAAAUAUGUUAAUGAUUUAUGUGCAUUACUAUGCGGGGAUAUACAAGGUGUUUUCUCCUGUGAAAAUAUUCUGUAUUGGCUACCUCUAAAAAUACAAUUAAUGGCAUGUCUACAUGUUCCAAUAAAAAAAUUCUAUUACAGGACAGAUACAGAAAUCGAAACUGAGGCUAAUGUUGAUGUGAGCAGUUUACGUGACCCACAACAUGACUCUGAUCGCUGCACAGAUCCCAAGUGGCUAAUUGUUCUUGGGGUGUGCACCCAUCUUGGUUGUGUACCAAUUGCAGAUGCUGGUGAAUUUGGUGGAUAUUACUGCCCGUGCCAUGGUUCUCAUUAUGAUGCAUCUGGCCGCAUCCGUAAAGGUCCUGCACCACUUAACUUGGAGGUUCCAGCACACGUCUUCACUGAAGAUGGACUCCUCAUUGUAGGCUAAAUCUCAAGUGACUUCUUUCAUAAAAUUGUUUCUUACUAUUAAUAUUAAAGAAGAGUUUAAUUUAAUAGGUGUUAUUUAUUGUUCACGAUAAAACCAUGUUACUAAUAAUGAGCUAAAUUUGAGCAUUCUCGUGGUAGUGGAAAACUGCAAAAUUAACGGUGACAAAUUUCUAAAAGAUAAAUUAUCACAGGUUUGUAAAUAUGGGAACAUACAUCCUUCUUGCCUUGUGUUGUAGAUAUUGUAAAGAUGAGUUAGCAAACACGAACCACAGACGUGAGACUUGCUAGCCCACCUAACAGAAAACUGUAAUAUAAAACAAAAUUUUAUUA